UAGGGCCCUGCCCCUUCUGCUUCUCGGGCCUGACUUCCUGUAGCUGGGCUGCCCGCCAGGCCGGCGAUAACACGUCCUUGCGAUUUGGUCAAAGGUGCUCACUCUUGAGACAUCAUGGUGGUGUACGGGUGACAGGCUGGGCUCAGCUACACCUGAUACUUCCAGAUCUUUGCAAAAGCAGUGAGAGAUGCACUGACAACAGAACUCAAAACAGAUGCCAAGAAGACUUCCGGCAGCAGCCUAAAAAUUGUGAAAGUGAAAAAGGAAUAG